AUGAUGGAAGGCAGUGCGUCGGAGGUACCCGUACACAGCGGCAUGACGAUGGCGUUGCAGGAGAAACCGCCGCUGGAUUUGGUUUCGCACGCCUCUGAGGUGUCCUGCCUCACCAUCAAUGACAACUACGACAUGUGGAAUGCGUCCAUGUACCCCAACCUCAACAGCGGCUUUGAUGCUAGUCUCACGAGCGCCAUCACACCCGAUGCCACCGCUGCCCGUUUUGCAUCAGCGAAGAGUCAGCAGCGGAAACAACAGCUCUCGUACCAGAUGAUGACGCUGCCGGCACGCAAUGAGCAGGCGACGAGUGACAUGGACUCGGAAGUUGUUCUCUGGGAUCGACCACCAACACAGGAAGUGCUCACUCCGCCCGCCACUUCGGGUCUGUAG